AUGGCUGCUGCCAGUAACCUGCAAUCUGAAGAUCAGUUUCUGUGCUCCAUCUGUCUGGAUGUGUUCACUGAUCCAGUCAGCACACCGUGUGGACACAACUUCUGCAAAAACUGCAUCAGUCAGCACUGGAACACUAAUGGCAGACAUAAAUGUCCUAUGUGUAACAGAGUGUUCAAGAGACGACCCGAACUAGACAUCAACACUUUGUUCUCUGAGAUGGUUGCUCAGUUCAGACGUGAAGCUCAGCAGAAAGCCAGCAGCAGCAGCUCAGAGCAACAAGCUGCUAAACCAGGAGAAGUUCACUGUGACGUCUGUACUGGAACCAGACUGAAGGCCCUGAAGUCCUGCCUGGUGUGUCAGACUUCCUACUGUCAGACUCACCUGGAGCCUCAUCUGUCAAAGAAAGCUCUGAGAGGACAUCAGCUGAUUAAUGCAGUGGAGAACCUGGAAGACAAGAUGUGUAAGAAGCAUGAAAAACCUCUGGAGCUGUUCUGUAAGACCGACCAGACAUGUGUCUGCAUGCUCUGCUCUGUUUUAGAGCACAAGAACCACGAGUUUGUUCCUCUGAGAGAAGAAUAUGAAGGAAAGAAGGCAGAGCUGGGGAAGACAGAGGCUGUGAUUCAGCAGAUGAUCCAGAAGAGACAACUGAAAAUUCAAGAGAUCAAAGAGUCAGUGAAGACGAGUAAAGGUGCUGCAGACAGACAGAAAGCAGAAGGUGUUCAGGUCCUCACUGCUCUGAAGGAGUCUGUUGAGAGUCGCCUGAAGGAGCUCAAAAAGGAGAUCGAAGACAAACAGGAAACUACAGAGAAACAGGCUGAAGGUCUCAUCAAAGAUCUGGAACGGGAAGUCUCUGAGCUGAUGAAGAGAAGCUUUGAGGUGGAGCAGCUCUUACACUCUGAAGACCACCUCCACCUCCUCCAAAGCUUCUCGUCCCUGAAAGCUGCUCCACCCACCAAGGACUGGACAGAGGUCAGAGUCCAUCCACCAUCAUAUGAGGGGACUGUGGUGAGAGCUGUGGCUCAGCUGGAGGAGACACUCAGGAAAGACUUGAAGAAGCUGUUUGAGGCUGAGCUGAAGACGGUCCAGCAGUAUGCAGUGGAUGUGACUCUGGAUCCUGAUACAGCGUAUCCUAAUCUCAUCCUGUCUGAUGAUGGGAAGCAAGUAUACUGUGGUGAUGUGAGGAUGAAUGUUCCUGACAACCCAGAGAGAUUUUCUGCUUGUGUUUGUGUUUUAGGAGCGCAGAGUUUCUCUUCAGGUAGAUUUUACUUUGAGGUUCAGGUUAAAGGAAAGACUGACUGGGACUUGGGAGUGGCCAGAGAGUCGAUCAACAGGAAGGGAAAUGUUAUGCUGAGACCUCAGUAUGGUCUCUGGACUGUAGUGCUGAGGAAUGGAAAUGAAUACAGAGCUUGUGCAGGGCCUUCAUUCCGUCUCUGUCUUUAUUCUGGCCCUGAGAAGGUGGGGGUGUUUGUGGAUUAUGAGGAGGGUCUGGUCUCCUUUUAUGAUGUAGGUACUGGAGCUCUGAUCUACUCCUUUACUGGCUGCUCCUUCACUCACAAACUCCACCCAUACUUCAGUCCCUAUCUGUAUCAGGGUGGUAACAACUCUUCACCUCUGAUCAUAUGUCCUGUCAGUCAAACUGAGUCGAUUAAUGACUGAUUUUAUUUGAUGAACUGAUUGAAGUAAAGGUGGCACCUGUGUGUUUGGCACACCGUCUACCGCUCUUUCUUAUUUGUCUCAUUUUAUUAUUUUUAGCCAACGUUGUGCAAGAUGUCAGUUCCACGCUGUCUUAUGAUCACCAGACGUUAUUGAAAACAGGUUCAUCCACCAAAGUUUUAGUUCAGCUUGAUGAAGCCAGGGUUCUUUGCCUCCCUAUCUGGAAGCAAUACCAUCGUGCCGGUGUUGUGCCAUUCCAACGCCACCAGCUACGUGGAAGCGACGCAGGAUACGGGGUCCCCGUGGACGUCGCCUCGUUAAGCUGAGAAUCUGGAUUUCUUACCUUCCCCACGAUCUUCACUCCAUUCGUCAAUCUUUUCCAUGACUCCUGGUGCCAUCGCUUGCUCUGGACUCUGUGGACUCCUGGUUGGUUCCCGUUGUCGGCUCUAUCGAGAGGAGCCCUCUUAAAUCCUUCCCGUCGACAUCUGCGUUGGCGGGGAGCGGAUCAAUCAAACCUUUCGACCGGUGGAUUGGGUAGUUGCUCCCACAGAAGUCUAUGACCCAGCUCCCCUCAGGUUGGGUUUAAUAAAUGCCAGAUCGAUGGCAAACAAAACUUUCAUUUUGAAGGAUUUCUUUUCUUCCCAUGCGUUGGGUUUCCUCCGUCUGACUGAAACUUGGACUUCACCUGGUGAGAUAAGUGCCUUUUCUGCCGGCUGGCUGUGCUUAUUUUAGCGCCCCGAGAGCUUCUGGUGGUGGAAGGGGGUUAGCUGUUGUUUUUAAAGCACACUUUGAUUUUAGGCAGCUAUCCUCACCAACACGCUACACCAGUUUUGGACUUUGUGUGAACUAGUGAACUAAGCCACUCGCCUUCGUUGCUGUAUGCGAUAGUUUACCGGCCUCCUAGAAAUAAUAAGGAUUUUUCGGACUUUCUUGCUGACUGUGCAUCAUGGUACGACCAGAUCCUGCUGCUCGGUGAUUUUAAUUUUCACAUCUGUUGCCCAGGGAAGCCACUGGUUAAGAACUUCAUGGACUUAGUAAACUCUUUUAAUCUUGUUCAGUCUGUUAAAGGUCCCACACAUUGGACUUGGUGUUAUCUUAUGGGUUAUCCGUAUGUAACUUACAUGUCGAGGAUGCCUUAUUCUCUGACCAUAUGUCUGUAACGCAGACACUAAAGCGGUUGUGCCACAAUGUCAUGCUAAAAAGAAUGAUUCUUUAAAAUACAAGGGGGAGCAAGCGAGUCAGAUACCAAGGGCACACAGAUGAAGCAGGGGAUGUUUGGGCCCUCGCACAAUAUGGCAAUAAAACAGGGAUGAUUCUGUCAUUGAAGUUAUUGGGCUCAUGGAAAUCACUGUAUGUGAAUACAGGUUUCUGUGUCACUCACAAAUACAGGUUAAAGUGCUUCAUAUAAAGAAGAAGCCAUAAGUGAAUGGUGCCAUUUGCAUGCUAAUUGUGAAUACAUUCAUUCAAAGUCAUCUUAGUGGAAACCAACUUAAGAUGAUUAUUACUUUCAACAUUAAUUUGAGUGUAUAAAGGUAAAUCUAGAAUAUAGAAUAGAUCGAAAAAAGCUUAAUGCACAAAUUUUCUGUGUGGUGUUUAAAUGUUUUCUUGCAAACCUCCUGUUUUUAAAAAUGUCUCUUAAACGUUAAAUAUAUAACCACAAGACUUGUUUGAUGUGUUUGCUACCCUUUUUUCUAGUAAGUUGGUGAGAGUAUGUAGACUAGACCAUUAGUUGUACCCCCACAAAAACUACAGACUUUUGUCUUCUGUU